AUGCGUCUGUUCGAGUCCCUCCUAGCGGUCUGCCUCUGUCUGGCUCAAGUCAGUCUUGCAAUCCCUUUGUCCUUCACGAAAUGGCCCACCACUCUUCGAGCUGGUCAGCCCGCCACGGUGACUUGGAUUGGUGAUCUUGAAACCCCUGCCACCAUCACUCUUCGGAAAGGAUCGGCCACCGAUCUAGGUGACGUGCAGGUGUUGACGAAUGAUGCCCGUGGAGGAACGUUUACCUUCACUCCCAGUGACAGUCUUCCUGGCGGCGCGGAUUAUGCCCUGCAGAUCAACCAGGCCGGAGAAGUGAACUAUUCGGGGCAUGUUACCCUUGAGCCGUCUCCCGCGGUGAUUCCUCCGUCCAAGGGCCCACGUCCGACUCCGACUGCCAGUAGCAAAGACCCCAAGUCGGAGGAUUUCGAAACUGCCAGCCGCGAAAAGGAUGACAAGGACAUUCCGGAGGGUAACAACGGCGAAACAUUGUCGCUGAAUGAGACCACGCCCACCAAGAACACGACGUCCAACAAGAGCGCCAUGGCUGCCCAAAUGCAAUCUGGCGCAGCGUCGUUCCGAAACACCUUGCCCGAAUUGCUGUUGGGCGCUGCGGGCAUCAUCUUCUACCUGACCAGGUGAAAGCCCUAGAGUCUUGGUCGGAAAAAAGCAAAAAAAAAAUGGGUCUUGACUUCUAAGCCCCUGCUUUUGGCUUCUAUUCUUGUUCCCCCGCUUUUAUCUUAUGUUUUAUCCCUUUUUACCCUUCUUUGGUGUAUGUCACAUCGCGUGUUGAAGUUGUAUGGAUCAAUCAAGUCAGCCCCCUUUCGCAGGGGCAAGACCACUUAAUGGCCUGUCAGUGGGGUGGAUGUUCUGUGUCUGUCAUGUAUAUAUAUCUUUCACCUUUGCGUGUGCUUUCUUGGGACCGACAUUGGAAGCACUGCCUAUCAGUCUUCCUCAUUUUUCCCGGCGCUUCUUUACAAUGCUGCCUGUCUUAUGGUGUGCAUUAAAAAC